AUGGAAAUUUCUUCCUCAAAAAAUAAUUUCUCUUAUGCUGAUGCUAUUAAAUCUAAGCCAAAUAUUAACAAUACAUCAUCACCUUUCAAAGGAAAUACCAACAGAAACUUCAAUAAUUCUUCUAAUACAGUCGAUGCUAUUCACUCUUUAAUAGCCAGAAUAGAUGACAUUGAUAACAAACUUGUAUUUCUUUCAGAUGAAAUUAUUUCUAUUAAAAAUAAAGUUCUCCAACAACAUCAUAAUCAAGACGACAUUGACUACCAUCUUUCUAGACUUAAGAUAUUUACUCAGAUUCCUGAUGAUGAAAAUGAAGAACUAUUAAUGGACAUAGGUGACGAACAAAUCCAACAUAUACCUAAAAACACACUUACAAAUAAUAAACAACCUUUGAUAGCAGAUAAACCUAAAGAUACCGUUGAACAUAAACUUAGAAAUCUCAGAUCUGAACUUAAAUCAAUCUCAUUAGCAUUACGCCAAGCUUUACCUAUGACUAACUCAUCUCAAUGA